CGAGUUCUACUACAUCCAGAUGGAAAAGUACGCCCGGCAAGCUGUGUCCGAGGGUGUUAAGAAUGCAGACGAUCUCCACGUUGGAGGCGACUCAGAACUAUACAGGGUGCUCAACUUGCACUACAACAGAAACAAUCACAUCGAGGUUCCUUCAAACUUCCGGUUUGUCGUAGAGCAGACCCUCCGCGAGUUCUUCAAGGCGAUACAGGAAGGCAGAGACGCCGAACAGUCAUGGAAAAAGUCCAUUUACAAGAUCAUCUCGAGGCUGGACGACCCAGUUCCCGAGUACUUCAAGUCCCCGAAUUUCCUGGAACAGCUCGAGUGACCUGUGGAUAGGCCCAAGCAGCCCCCGUCUCAGGGCAAGCUGCCAGUCCCCCAGGAGCUCCCCAGGUGCCCCCAGGAGCCUCCAAUGGCCCCCCUUCGACCCCAAUGGGGUCCCAGGUGGAUGGGCGCGACGUGUUAGCCCCAUCGCAGAGACGAUUAUUGUUGUGUUAUAGAUUGACAGACUUUUGAACAAAGCAUUCAUGCCUCAGGCUAUGAGGUCUGCAGGGCGCCGGACGUAUACCAGGGGAUGAUCACCAAUAUGCUUAGGAUGUUAAGGACGCUUUAGAAUGUUCAGGAAGCUUUAGGUUCAAACUGUAUUACUGGCUCCUUACAAAAUAUUGAAUCAACAUUGCAUUCUAAAGUAUACCGUUUCACAUUUUCAUAUAAAAUGAAAUGUGGCGGGACACCUUGGCCCUUCAAAGUUUCUUGGUGAUAAACUUUACCGAGGUGACAGAUUUGUCAGUCAAACCGUCUCCUUGUAUACGAUAAGGCUACCGCAACCUCGAUAUAUUUAAGAAUCAAUCAAUUUAUAAGAAAAAACAGUGAUCUACCUGAAAUAGACCGCCGUCAAGUCCUCAUUUUUUCUGACCAGCAGUUAGCAAGUUCAAAAUCUGCACUUUUAUUUUAAAUACCGGGUGUUUCAAGUUCGUCUCUCACCCUUGGAAUCUUAUAAAUUGUAGGAGUUACAAACUCGUACCAUUUUCGACGUUCCGACGGUGACAGCCCGAUUUGAAGAACGUUCACAUUCCGAUUUUCCCCACGCUGGAAAACUGCGCUGUGUAAAGUAAAACUGAUUUUGUAUAUAUCGUAUGUAUAUAAACGUAACUUAUACAUUCCUAACCAAAGUUAUCUAUUUUUUAUUGCUCUCCUAGUCGUUUUUGGGUGAACAUACGUGUUUUCACCCGAUUUUUUUUGACAUUUUACUUUGAGGGAUCCCUGUAAAAUUUUUAUAUUAGCACCUCAUAGUACAAUGUUGGAUUCCUCUAGCUGCUCUGUCUUCCCUAUCAAAUAGAGGAGAAGUGGAGCUAUAAAGUUUUGUAUUGAGUAGAUAUGCCCCCAAUUCCAGUGCUAGGUCAAAAAACGAACCAAGAAUUUAAAUAUCAACUAUUCGCAAUUUUAAAUACUUAUUUUUAGAUGGUACUAGCGUAAAUAUAAAAAAAAAAUUAUUUCGUGAUAUUUUGAGUCACUAUAUUGAUUGCCUGAACGUUCUUUUUGACUAUACGACAAAAAAUAGGGACGAUAGGUGAAAGGCAGAUCUACAACAUACCAAAAAAUGACUAUAGUAAAAGUUUCACUGUUUUUGAGAUAUUAAUUUUUUUAAUCUUUUGUCGCUGUGUCUAGAAGUAACAGGAUAUCUGUUUGUUUUUUUUUAAAUAUUCUCAGAUAGUUGGUCUGCCAUUUGAAAUAUCAUGUUCGAUAAAUACAAGUAGGUAAACUUGACAAACAAAUUUCUUCUUCGUAAUUUUUAUUUUAGAAAACUGAACUUUGGUAUCUAGCAAUGAAAUAAAAAUGCACUAGACUGUAAACUACUGCGAUAAAUCACCUGCUUAAUCAGCAUCAAAAUAUAGAUCAAACGAUGAAAUUUUUCGAAAAAGACAAAACAUUAAUAUAUUAAAAACCGUGAAACUUUUACCAGGGUGAUUUUUUGGUAUAUUGUAGAUCUUCCCCAUUUUUUUGUCGUACUAUUUACCGCACACCCUAUCCAAGUUUCUGCUAAAUAAAAUUUUAUUGUUGCGAGUCCCUUCUUCGAUCUAAAUGUGUUUGUUUUUUGAUCUAGCAAUCAUUACAUUUUUUUGUUUUAAUGUUUUCCUUCUGUAGGCUAGUUGCUGUUUCCAUUUUCGGUUUUGUUUUUGAACGCAUAUCUGCUGAAUAUUAUUUUUUAUUUUUUACGUAGGAUGGCUCAAAAAUGAAAAGAAAAAUCACAAAAUCUCUGUUAUCCCAAGAGAAACUCCUACAAUUUGGGCGACAAAAAUUUUGACGACUUCAAGUUUUGUGUAGAAUUAAAUUCAUCAUUUUGCUUCUAUAAAAAUUUGUUCACUCUUAAAUUUCUUGUAACCUGUUGGGUAAACGACAAAUUUUCAUUGAAUCAAAAUGAUAAAGAAUUAAAUUCCCCAUAAAAUUGUUACUUUUUCAAAUAGGAUUGACGGCUUUCGAGAUUUUCGAUCAAACGAUUUUUUGAAAAUGGUGGAAAAUAAUUGUAACUAGCUAUCAAUAAUAUUUUCUAAUCUGACGAGUUUAAAAAAUGCGAUCGGGUAACAUGUUGUAUAUCGGAUUAAUCGGAAGACUUUGGUCUUUCGUUUUGCGAAAAAAAAAUCGUAGCUAUGUCGUUUCAUAACGAAGGUCUCUAUCGAAGAAGACAAAGUACGCCGAAAAAUGGCUGUCAUCGGUACCUUUGAGACGCUAAAAUUUUACUUUUUCGAAAUUUGACGGGAAUUCUAACAGUCAGGAUCGUUUCCUGAGCUCAAUAUCUUUAUUUUGCUUACGUAUAGUAGUAACAGGCCAAUACAAAGCUGGAAACAUGGUCAUGCACCGGAAAGUAGCGCGUAGUCGAGGAAUUUAAAAAAAAAGAAACUUUUGAACGAAAAGGGAUAAAGAAAUAAAAAAGACGCUAUCUUAGUGUCCGAUGUCCGGGCUUCAUCACGCAAAAAUCGUCAGGUUCGUAGCUGCUUUAUCUUCGGAGAAGAUAGAAUGUGAACGUCGAACAGCACGAAAAUCUAUCGUUUUUUCGACUUUGACCGCCGUUUUCGAUUGCAUUUCUUUCUCCUACCUCUACGGUCCUCGCUCGCCCGUUAAGCGCCGAGUUUCUAGUUUCCGAAACAGUAUCGCUUUCUGAGAAAACGUUUCGCAAACCUGGAAAAAAAACCGGAAAAACCGCGUCGAUGUGAAACGCUCCGAUCCACACCGGCCACCAAUACCUACCUAAAACAACAAUCGAUCACCGCUUAAUAUAGUCGAUAUCAAAAAAAAUUUACUGUCGUCAAAAUUGUAGAAAAAAUUAUAUAAUUCCCGGCCAAUUCUCAAUAUUGCAUUUUUAGUUAAAUAUAUUUAUCGCAUAAAAUUAUCCAAGCCAGUAUUUUUUUAUCAUUGAACAUUUGAACCACAAGACAUUCAGUAUUUUAAAUAAUCCAACAUCUUUUAUGAGUUAGGAAUUAUGCCGAAGGUUUUCAAGACAUCUGAGAAGUACGAACACCUUUUCCGAUCAAACAGUUACAAAACGAUUUUCAGUUUUUGAACCAUCCUGUGUUGAAUAUAUUUUAUUUUUAUUAUUUUUAAGUUAUCACGUGCACAUCUAGUAUAUUAGUAAAUAUACACGAUCUCUGGAUCACAGUGUGAGGCAACUAGUCAUCUAAUAAAAUAUAUUAUGAUUUUAAUUUUA